AUGCAACCCAACACCUCCACCCUCCCCUCCUCCUCUUCAACCGCAUCCCCAUCUCCGGAAUGGCUGAAAUCAAUAGACGCUGUCUACACGCUCUUCGAAGACCCCGUUGUCUCGAAAAAGUUCCCAUCACUAUCGACCAAAGUAGCUGCUGCCGUUCGGCUCUGUGAAAUCGUAAUCAGCCAAGUAGGUCAACAACACUGUGCGCUCUCAUUUAACGGUGGCAAAGAUUGCACUGUUCUAGUCCACAUUCUCUCCUCCGUUCUGCGUCGACUCAACUGUUCCGCAUCAUCUGCAUCAUCAGAUUCCUCUUGUUUGUUGCCUUCGAUACCUUCGCUUUACAUAGCUUGUCCUUCUCCCUUUAGGACAGUGGAAAAGUUUAUUGCAUUCUGUACGUCGCCAGUACAUGGCUAUAAUUUGAACCUUGUUUCUGUCCAAGGCGAUAUGAAACAAGCUAUACGUACCUAUCUCGAUGGUGGAGGAUCACAGUGCCUCGGUUUACAAACACAAACAAAUGACAGACUCCAGAAGCCAAGAGACAUCAGAGCUAUCUUCGUAGGAACAAGAAGAGACGAUCCACAUGGUCCACAACUAUCUGCUCGUUCAUGGACAGAUAAGGACUGGCCGAAAAUUGAACGUAUCCAUCCGAUCCUCGAUUGGACGUAUUCAGAUGUAUGGCAAUUCCUCCGUUGUCCUCAUUUAGGCACUGCUCAAGAAACUUACUCGGGCUCAGGUGUAACAAGGGAGCAGUUGGCGAAAGAAUACGGUGUAGCUGGAGGUGCAAGCCAAGGUGUACCUUAUUGUUUGUUAUACGAUCAAGGAUACACCUCACUGGGAAGUACAUUCAACACCUUACCCAAUCCCCAACUAAGAAUCGAAACGGAGCAAGGAGAGCAAGAGGUAGAGGUGGCUGAUGGAACAGCCAGAGGCAGAUGGAAACCUGCCUACAUGCUCAAAGAUGCAACUCUCGAACGUGCAGGACGUGUCGAGAAUGUACAACACGCCAAGCCAUCAGAAACAUAG